UGGCGCCACCAUCGCACGUCAAUGUCACUUGUGUGUUUUGUGGCCGAGUGAAUGUGCAAUGUCAAUAUUAUUGUGAUAAUUUCUUUCUAAGAUUAAACCAGUUAGUGAAAUUUAGUAAUUAUGACCACGGAGGAGAAAUUCAACGCAGCUGUCAACGUCAUCCGAAGCUUACCAAAAAAUGGCUCAUAUCAGCCCAGCAAUGACCUCAUGCUCAGAUUCUACGCUUAUUACAAGCAGGCGACGCUGGGGCCCUGCACAGGGCGGCGUCCCGCCUUCUACGAUGUGGUGGGUCGUGCGAAGUACGACGCUUGGAAGAGUCUGGGUGAGAUGAGCAAGUCGACGGCGAUGGCGAAAUACGUCGAUGAGUUGCAUACGAUUGUCGAAACGAUGAGUUAUUCGGAUAAGGUGGCGAAUUUCCUGGAGGCGCCCACCAACGAGAUCGAGUGCGUUAACAUGAUAAUGGAUGAUUUGGAGCUGGUGGCGGGGGAUGUGUUGGAGAAGGUGCGUUCGCAGCCGAAUUCGCCGCUGGCCUCCAGGGAGGCAUCGCCGAUUCGGAUGUUCAGGAGUCGGGACGUGUCGCCGGUUUCGACGCCCAGUUCGGCGCCAGAGGAGUCCGAUCAUAGCGAUGAUGAGUACAUAGACACCAUUGAGUUUCCAGAAUCGAAAAAAGUCAAUUCCGAGCAAAUGUCAAAUGGGUACAUUCCGAAAGAGCACGUUUCGCGUUCAAGAACGAAACCUCAAACCAGUGUAGAUAUAUCUCAGGAAGUGUCUAGGGCUGUGCAGAGUCUGAAGGCUGAUGUUGAAAGGCUCACCAGUAAAAUAAACACGUUAGAAAGGUCAAAUGUUGCCGUUAGUAAACAUCGAUCUACAGGAUUGUCGUUAGAAGCCAUCGCAUUUAUAAUUGCUUGGCCAUUUGUGGCCUCUUUUAUUCUGAAUAGGUACGUUUUCAACAGGAAGUAAACAAAUGUGGUCGGUGUUUGUCAGUCUAUUAGGUUCAAAGUACGGAAAUUGGCCUUUAUUUUUAUUGUUAUUAUUUUUUUUUGUUUAAAUGUUAUGUAAAGUGUAGACUUUUAUAUGGUUUGGAAAUAAAUAUAAAGUUUAAUCCAAAA